CGCAAGAGCGCAGACUGCAGCAGAACGCAGGGCCAGUAGGAUUUUCCUCCUCGUACUGGAACAGCCGAGAAACCAGAGAGACAGUUACCCGCUGAGGAGGAGAGAGACGUUAUUCAUGGAGGAUCCACUGAGGAGAACCUGACCCACAAGCUGCUGAGUGUGUAGGUUUGCAUCUGGCUCACAGAAGCAGUUGUGUGGACUCUUACACGCACCCAUCCCUCCUUUGGGACAGGCCCACUGCCUCCUCAUUUAUGGAUAGGAUGCUCGGCUCUGCGCCCUUGUGCUGAGGAGGCGUCUGCGGGCAACAGUAUGGGCGCUGUGCUGGCUGGCAUCCCCACAACCCCCUCCACCACCGAUCUGCCACCACCACGCUGCCCCACCGAGACGGGCGCUUCCCCCAGCCCCGCUGAUGGGCGAAGACACUGACGCCACCCCGACGCUCAACCACCGCGGCUUCCUCCCUGACCACAACUAUGUGACUGAAGCUGAUAUCAUCUCCACUGUUGAGUUCAACCACACUGGAGAGCUCCUGGCCACAGGGGACAAGGGGGGCCGAGUGGUCAUCUUUCAGAGGGAACCUGAGAGCAAGACUGAGCCGUUCUCACAGGGAGAGUACAAUGUCUACAGCACCUUCCAGAGCCAUGAGCCUGAGUUCGACUACCUUAAGAGUCUGGAGAUUGAGGAGAAGAUCAAUAAGAUCCGAUGGCUGCCUCAGCAGAACGCCGCACACUUCCUUCUCUCCACCAAUGAUAAGACCAUCAAGUUGUGGAAGGUGAGUGAAAGAGACAAACGGCCGGAGGGAUACAACCUGAAGGAUGAGGAGGGUCGCAUCAAGGACAUCUCCACCGUCACCUCCCUACAGGUGCCGGUGUUGAUGCCGAUGGACCUAAUGGUGGAGGUGAGCCCGCGGCGAGUUUUUGCCAACGCCCACACUUACCAUGUCAACUCCAUCUCCGUCAACUCUGACUAUGAGACUUACAUGUCAGCUGAUGACCUGAGGAUCAACCUCUGGCAUCUGGACAUCACCGACCGCAGCUUCAACAUCGUGGACAUCAAGCCAGCCAACAUGGAGGAUCUAACAGAGGUGAUCACAGCGGCUGAGUUUCACCCCCACCACUGUAACCUGUUUGUCUAUAGCAGCAGCAAAGGCACCCUGCGCCUCUGUGACAUGAGAGAAGCAGCGUUGUGCGACAAACACUCCAAAUUGUUCGAGGAACCCGAGGACCCCAGCGCCCGCUCCUUCUUCUCUGAGAUCAUCUCUUCUGUGUCUGACGUCAAGUUCAGCCACAGCGGUCGCUACCUGCUCACCAGAGACUACCUGACUGCCAAGGUCUGGGACCUCAACAUGGAGAGCAAGCCCCUGGAGACAUACCAGGUUCACGAUUACCUCCGCAGCAAGUUGUGUUCCCUUUACGAAAACGACUGCAUCUUUGACAAGUUUGAGUGUGCCUGGAACGGCUCGGACAGUGUAAUCAUGACCGGAGCCUAUAACAACUUCUUCCGCAUGUUCGACCGCAACACCAAACGCGACGUGACCCUGGAGGCGUCGAGAGAGAGCAGCAAACCCCGAGCCGUCCUCAAGCCGCGGAGGGUCUGCGCCGCCGGGGGGAAGCGCCGGAAGGACGACAUCAGCGUGGACAGCUUGGACUUCACCAAGAAGAUCCUCCACACGGCCUGGCACCCAAACGAGAACAUCAUCGCCAUCGCCGCCACCAACAACCUGUACAUCUUCCAGGACAAACUCAACUCUGAGAUGCAUUAAUGAAGGGAUGUCAACGGCGGAUACAAACCGAGUUUACACCUGAACACACAGCUAUGCCAGAAUGUACACAUUUACGGACAUACACACACGGGAAUAUGCCUAACACACACAGUCAGAAAACACACACACAGGUCUACUCUUUGACACACUCCCUCACCUCCUCCCAGCCUCCCAGAACUGAAAGGACCUAGAGAGGGAACAGGCUGGAUUACGCAAUGGAUUAUGGAUUGCAAAAUUGUCCGAACUGUGGAUUUCUUGAUUGUUAAGCUCUGGAUUGUGCUUGAUGGUGUGUUUAUUGCUACAGCUCAGCUUCUGAGGGGGAUAAAACCUCCCAGACUGGAGAGACGUUUACAUAUUUGUCUUUUUUUUUUUUUUGUUGUUGUUCUUCAGGCUCUUUUGCUUUCUCCACCUCCUCCUCCUCCUCUCUCUUCUGUAUUUGUGUGCUCGAACAAAGCCUAUUCUUAUCCCUUGCCCACUGUUUUGUGUAACGAAAACCCUUCGUGGUUGUCAACCAGCGGCACUGAUGAAAAUGGGGCAUUUACGUAACUGACUGUUUGAUUUUUCUGAUCAGCUCCUUCCUCCACUUCUGUUUUUGUAUCUUCUUGUUAAAUGAUGUAAAUGAUGGUAAUUAAUGAUGACGAAUUAAAGUGGUAACGUGUGAUAUGCAAGGAAGAAUUCGAGACCCCCUUCCCCUUAACCCAAGUGCACCCAGACGCCUCUGAGCUCAGCCGGAGCGCGUUCAGUCAGUGACAGUCCUGCAGAUAGAAGCAGAAGUUAACACCGUGGCCUAACAUGAGGACACACACUCAUCUCUGCUCCACACAGUGUGUUUCAGUCAUUAAUGUCGUCUCUGGCCCGUCAACUUCUCUGAUUGUGGAUUCUGCUUCUGGUCUGGAGAUACAUCGUGUGCUACUUUGCCGUUAAAUACAACUCAAACCAAGCAAAAAAAUAAAGAAACUAAUUUCAACAAUCAAGCAAAAAGAUGCUGCAUGUAAAACCAAUUUAGCCUAGGUGUUUAUAAAUUGACUGACUGACUUGGCUGCCUUCUUAACCAUUUAGACCCAGCUGUACAAAGGCUUCAGGGGCCCUGGGGCCCCAUGCAGCACGAGUAACCAUAGACGACUGAGCUCUCCUACUUUUAUUUGUGUCUUUGGACACUGAAGCAUGUUUACCAGUGUUCGGUUCAUACACUUACAUGUACGUUUUGAAUGAAGCCGUCCAAGAAUCAGUUUCUCCUCGACUGAAACUGAGAACCAAGAAGAUUGAGGAAUGUUUUCAUUAAUGUCGUUCUCUAAAAGAAAAACAAAAAAAAAAAAAAUCAAAGGGCCUAAAUGGUGUCUGUAUAUAUCAACUCUGUUUUUGACAUGUAUGAGGUUUUGUUUUUUUAACAUCCUUAAAAGGACUGCGGACGCGAUCAUCCGCCUCGAUGAUCGCCUCUCAAGCUACAGCAGAGAGAUGGUACUCAAAUCUCCUCAGCCUUCCUCACUGAUUACUUUGCUGACGUGCAGAAGCUUUUAUUUUUUAAAGAACAGUCUAUUCUUUUAUUUGUCCUCAAUUUUACUCCACCACGUCC